UACCCCCCAUGCAGCCCGGCGCCCUAUGCUAGCCCUCCCCCUCCCCCCCUCCAGGAGCUGGGCGCCGCUGGGGGAGGAGGGGGAAUCGGCUGCGAGUCCUUGGUGUUCCUAUCACCCAGCUUCCCCCCAAGCCGGGUCGCGAUGUACGACUGCCUGGAAACAUUUGCCCCGGGUCCGCGACGGCUGUACGGGGCUGUCGGGCCCGGGGCCGGCUUGCUGCGCAGAGCCACGGGCAGCUCCUGUUUCGCCGGACUCGAGUCCUUUGCCUGGCCGCAACCCGCCAGUCUGCAAUGGCUUCUUCCGACGCAGCAUCCAGAAGAACAUGGUGUACACAUGUCACCGAGACAAAAACUGUAUCAUCAACAAGGUGACCCGGAAUCGCUGCCAGUACUGUCGGCUACAGAAGUGCUUUGAAGUGGGCAUGUCCAAGGAAGCUGUGCGGAAUGACCGGAACAAGAAAAAGAAAGAGGUGAAGGAAGAAGGCUCGCUUGACAGCUAUGAGCUGAGCCCCCAAUUAGAAGAGCUCAUCACCAAGGUCAGCAAAGCCCAUCAGGAGACCUUCCCUUCUCUCUGCCAGCUGGGAAAAUACACCACGAACUCCAGUGCAGACCACCGGGUGCAGCUGGAUCUGGGACUGUGGGACAAGUUCAGUGAGCUGGCCACCAAGUGCAUCAUCAAGAUUGUGGAGUUUGCCAAGCGGCUGCCUGGCUUCACAGGGCUCAGCAUUGCUGACCAGAUUACUCUGCUCAAGGCUGCCUGCCUGGACAUCCUGAUGCUUCGGAUCUGCACAAGGUACACCCCAGAGCAGGACACCAUGACCUUCUCUGACGGGCUGACCCUGAACCGGACUCAGAUGCACAACGCUGGCUUUGGACCCCUCACUGACCUCGUCUUUGCCUUUGCUGGGCAGCUCCUGCCACUGGAGAUGGAUGACACAGAGACGGGUCUGCUCAGUGCCAUCUGCCUCAUCUGCGGAGACCGCAUGGACCUGGAGGAACCUGAAAAAGUGGACAAGCUACAGGAGCCACUGCUGGAAGCCCUGAGGCUAUAUGCCCGGCGGCGGCGGCCCAGCCAGCCCUACAUGUUCCCAAGGAUGCUCAUGAAAAUCACUGACCUCCGGGGCAUCAGCACCAAGGGUUAGUCAUAAGUGAGCCUUCCCUCUCUUCC